CUACAAGACAGAGAAGCACCUUUGGCUAGUGCACAACCCUAUAACCCUGCCGGACCAACCAUAAGUCCGGCUUCGUCUAUCAGAAACACCGCUCAGGAGGACAGCCUACGGAAAAAUGGCCCGGAUAUCCACGCAGUUGGAAAACGGUCUGUCGGCGACAGAUCCAAGCGGCCAAGGACAGCAACCCGUCAACAUUCAGAAACUGACCAACCAUCUAACAGCCACACUCUUAUCUUCAUCCCCAUGCCAGACUCGGCCAACAUCCAAGGACACAACUCCACACAGAUCCAAGCCUGGAUUCACCAAUGGUUCAGGCGAUACCGUUCUAACUUACAAAACAACCCUCUUCAAGACAGUGCACCGCCAUUUAAUAACCCGGAUGUGAACGUCAGCGGAGGUGAUGCCAGCUACAGAAAAAGAGACUACCCAAACUUCAAAUCCCGUGGUAAUGGACCACUCGCCAAAGGCCGGGUUAACGAAACGUUUCUACAAAACGAGACAAAUCAUCUUCAGUCUGAGCUGAAUCUCAGAGUGCUUAAAGAUUACGUGACGACACAUGGACGGAAAGGAGGUUCCGAGGAAAUGGAAGACGCGUCUAAAACUCGCAUCCGGGCAGCUGAAAGUGGUUUUGCAGCUAUGAGUUCUGGAUUUAUUCAUCAUCAUGUGGCAGGGAGGACCAGACGAGCUGUGGGUAACCCACCUGGGGUUAUGUGGCUUGAGCUGCCGGCGUCUGAAGUGAAGGAAUCGACCUCUGUAACAAUCGGCGAUGACAGAAUGUACCACGGCAGACGAAACCUGCCCCUGAAACCGGACACGGAGUACGCCGUAGUGUAUGUGGUCAAGAGUACGGUUGUUGACGUCACCAAGCACUCAUUGGCCUACUCCAAGACAACCGUCUACACCAAGGACAAACCGACAGAAGAAAAGGACGAUGAUGACUACAGCUGGUGGUUGACGAUAAUCAUCAUUUUCGCCAUCGUUCUUCUCAUCUUAUUCUGCCUGCUGGGGUUUUUUGUUUUAAGGUAUCUGAUGAUGCGGCGACGACAGAGGAAGCUCGGCAACAUCGACGACGGCCAGUUGUCUGACUAUGAGGACAGCGAUGAAGGCAGCGAUAAUACUGACGAUGAUGACUAUCACUACCAGAAGCCACUUCAGGUCAAAGAUGGCCCAGGCUUUAGAGAGACGCCGCUGAAGAAUACAAGUGACUUGGAAUCCUUCUUUAACCCAAUCCAUUCCCUGGGACAACCAAG